UUACUUUCUAUUAGGGAAAAUUGUAGGUAUAUAACAGCACACUAUACUGUGCUAUACGUAACAUUGUAAAAUAAAUUAUAUGUAUAUUACAGCUUGCAUCCAGUACAUCAACAUCUUUCGAGAAAGAUUUGGGCAACUUUUAUUAAAGAUGUAAGGCCAGUAUAACGAAGAGUGUUCGAUCUCAUAACUUCUAUAAGCAAUACAAAAUAGAGAGUUGGGCAAACACGAACCCCUGGACACACCAGAGGUGGGAUCAGGUGCCUAGGAGGAGUAAGCAUCCCCUGUCGAUAAUCAAUUUCUCUCCAAGUUUCUGUUAUUCUCCAACUCGUACGCUCAUCAAGUACUAUAUGCUACAAUUUUUUUAUCUUCUUUUCUUUGUUUUAAGUGUAUGCUGUAAAGGGAAGAAUUGUUGCUUUGUUGCUUGGCGAUAUUUCAAUUAUAUUCAACCGGCACCAACGGGAAGAAUGAUGAGUGUGCAAAUAUGAGAAAAUGAAAAUCCUAUUUCUAAAGAGUUAGAUAAAGAUCAAUCAAAAAGUAGCCCUUCACCUUUCCCGCUAGUUGGGAGUUUCUAAUAUGCUAUUCAUCAGUAACAACUCUUGCGUAAGCGACAUUUCUGGCUAGGGAAGUUGUUUGACUUCAAGUUUACAGUAUAAAAAAUACUAAAUCUGGACUUGAGCAUAGCGAUUUUACUCAUUCCUACUUCUCAUCCAAUGCAUCUAACACUGUAGAGGUAGAUAUGUUAUGGUAAUUAUUAAAGUAAAAUCAUAAACUUUUAAAGCUUUCUGUGACAUUUUCUAUAACUAAACUCUACACAUUGUCUUUUACUUUUUCAUACCAAGUGAAAUAUUAAAAAUGCUAAGUACUAUUAAUUCUAUAUGAUUAUUUUUCUAUAUUGAAUUCCAUAGAAAACAAAUAUACCAUGAAAAUUGUAAUCAUGUCUUUAUGUUAUCAAAUAAUUGUGGUUGCGCAACAUGAAUUCGAACACAAAAGAGUUCAUAUUGUAUGGUAUGCUUAUAUGAAUUAUCUAAUGACUUUCAACUUCAGUCGUCUGCUUCUGCAAUGGUUUUGUAAGUUCAGACAAGAAAUUGUAUGAUGUAUUCAUUUUGUAUUUAAUUGAUGUAUGUUUUGUCUAGUGAAUAAAAGAGCGUUGAAAGUGAAAGCGUUACCGAAACUGAUAAAAUAAGUGCACUUGAUCUAGGCCCCAAAUUUUGCAAUCGAAGAUGUUUAAGUAUUGAAUGCCGUAUUUACCGGUCGCUAUAGACACAUUUACAAAACUACAAAAUCCAUUUGAAGAUCACAGGUGGAAUAGUUGCAAGAAUCAUUGGCUGGGAAAAUUCACUGUCUAUAGCCAGGUACCCCUUUUACACUUGAGUGGAGUUAGGAAAUUCAUGUAAAGUGCCUUUCCCAAGGACAGAACGUCGGUCUUGCCGCAGCCAGGACUCGAACCCACGACCUUUCGGUCGAUAGUCUGACAGCCGAACCACUAGGCCACCGACGACAAAUGGUUGCAUCAUCGUCUUUCAAGAUGUACUAGGAAAUAUAUUCCUAUUACAUAUACAUUGAAACGCUUGUGACAAAAAAGCUAUGGUUAAACAUUUUUUGUUCAUUUGGAUUUGAUUAUACUGGAAACUACGAUUUUGGAAGUUAUAUCUUUUUGUGUGUAGAUUAUGUUUGUUAUUUAUUGUUCAACAACCAUAAGUUAGUAUUUUGCUAUUGUUACAAUUAUCUUUCAAUUAUUGAUUGUAAAUAAACCCUAUUAACUGAUCAAUUGUCUUUUGUUAGUAAAUUCUGCUGCGCUUUAUUAAGGGUUUGUUCUGACCCACAACAAUAUAAACCUGUUUUAUAUUGAUUAAUUAACGGUAUAUCAUUUUUUCGAUUUGUCAAUUUUAAAUGUUAAAAUGGGUAAUAUAAGCCAUGAUAUGUUAUAGUACGGUAAAUGGCAAAUCAAAUUGUAUAAAAUAAGAUCCAUAUAUGUCAUCUGGUAUGGAAGAUUUAAGGUUUAAAAGAUAAACAUGAAAUGAGUGUAACCGCCAGGGUAGAGAUAUUUCAUCGGGAAAUACAAUCAAGACCAAAGAGAAAAUUCUGACGACAAUGUUUAAUUUUUUAUUCUACUAUGGUAAUGUUUUUACGAAAUGAAUCUUUAGUAGAACUAUAGGCAGAAAUGACUCUUUAGCAUGAAGAUACAUGUACCUAUUGGGCAAUGUACAAGUGUGUAAACGGUAGACAUAGGAGGGAUUCAUCUUUCAGAUUUUAUUGGUUUCCCUUUGUUCUAUAUUUACGCCCCUAUAUAUAGACUUGUAUAUGUAAUCGAAUAUGCUUUGCUUUUUAAAAUCCUUUCCUCUGUUAGUCGAAUCAAGUGAUACACAAAGAUCAUGAACUGAUAGCUUGUGAAUGGAAAUGAUUGAAAGAUAAUCGUAAAAUUCGUUAAAAACAUACAAUCACAACGAUCACAAAUGUUAUCAGACAUUCACAUUUUCUCAUUUAUUCAAAUAUUGCGUGAAAGGUGAAGAUAACGAAGAGGGAUCAAUCUCAUAACUCCUACAAGCAAUACAAAAUAGAUAGUUGGGCAUACACGGACCACUGGACAAACCGGAGGUGGAAUCAGGUGUCUAGGAGGAGUAAGCAUCUCCUGUCGACCGGUCACACCCGCCGUGAGCCCUAUAUCCUGUUCAGUAAUUCUAAUAUGGCAGACGAAUCAUUGGAAUCCUUUCUAGAGAGAUUGGGAUUGGGAGAUACAAUUGAUGCGCUCAGGAAAGAAGAUAUUGAUCUAAACUUACUGCAAAAAAUGACGGCUGAAGAUCUAAAGGACACCGGUAUCUCUCUCGGAAAACGGAUAAAAAUAAUAGACGCAAUAAAAACCAAAGAAACCGUGAGAGCAAUAGUCGGGACAUUUGAAGAAAACACUAACAGGGGAGCUCGUCAUUCUAAUCCAAUGUCUGCUCCAUCCAAACCAGACGUUAGAGCCAAGAAACAAGUGAUGGGUAACUACAGAAACUGUCACGGAGACUGGAUGGAGGAAGAGAUUAGAAUAGUGUUGAUCGGUAAAACUGGGAGUGGGAAAAGUGCCACAGGAAACACCAUUUUAGGAGAGAAAUUGUUUCAAUCAUCUGUUUCGGGGUCAUCUGUAACAAAUAAGUGUUCGAAACAACACACAGUUCGAUUCGAUAGAAAAAUUUUAAUUGUUGAUACACCUGGCAUUUUUGACACUAGGCAAUCAAAUGAAACAAUCCAACGCGAAAUUGCAAAAUGCAUAGGCAUUACAUCGCCCGGUCCUCACGCUUUUAUUAUGGUACUAAGCACUACAAGAUACACAGAGGAAGAACACAAAUCCAUUAUGCAUUUUGUCAACCACUUUGGUGACGACAUCUUCAAGUAUUUCAUUGUUCUUUUUACACGAAAAGAUGACCUUGAUGAGGAAGGAAGAACUUUAAUGCAACAUAUUGACACAGUUCCUCCGCAUUUAAUACAAUUUAUACAGAAGUGUGGCGGUAGAGUCAUUGCAUUCAACAACAGACUGAAGGGAGAAGAAAUGGAUGCACAAGUUGUUGAGUUAUUGUCGAUGAUCUUGGACAAUGUAGAAAACAAUAAGGGCAAGUGUUACACAAAUCAAAUGUAUAUCGAAGCUGAAAAGCUGAUCAAGGAAAGAGAAGAGGCGGAUUUAAAGAUCGCAAAAGAAGAACGAGAAAGAGAACUCCAAGCAAUUGAAAUCAAGCUAGCUGAAAAGUAUGAAGCAAAGUUUGCAAAAGAACAAGAAAUGUUUUCUAAAACACAAUUGCAGCUUGACGAACUGACAAGAAAGCAUCGGCAAGAUGAGGAGCAAUCGCAGUCUCUUAAACAGCAGAUCAAAGAAUUACAAAAUGAACUAAAAGAUUGCAAAGGGGAAAACAAAGAAGCGUUGAAACAAGCAUUAGAAAAGCUACAGAACGAAAUGUCUACCAACAAGGCUGUAAGAGAGAGAGAAGCACGCGAAAUCAAAGAACUGCAAAAGAAUAAGGAAAAAGAAAGAAAACUUCGAGAAGAUAUGAUGAGAAAGCAGGAGGAGGAAAGGGAAAUAAUGGCCCGUGAAGCAAAUGAGAGAUACAGAAGAGCAGAAGAAAAUACCCGGGACAAAUGUAGGAAAGAAAUAGAACAGGAAAAGGGCUUUUUCACGAAAAUUAAAGAUACAGUUGUGUCUUUCGUAAAAAAGUUGAAUCCAUUUAGCUGGUUUUCCUGAAUGCAUCAUUUAAAAAACACUUGUAACAGGUAAAAUCAAUUUUAACAUGUAUAUAAAUACAUUGAAAUUUUCAAUUAAUGAAUUAUAUCCACGAUAUGUCACAUGUAGGCAUGUGAGCAAAUGAAUUAUUUAAAGCACACGUACAAUCAUUCAUAACUUGAAACCGAGCAAAUUAAGAAAGCACAAAGGAAAACGUUUCACAGCAACUUGAGAUUGCAAUUGUUGAAUUAAUGAAAAGCCUUUCUACACACGAAAUCAACCGAACUUACUCCAGCUUUGUAUAUGUUUUCUGCAGUCAAUAAAGAGACAACGACAUGAAUUAAAUCAGGUGAAAUUAGCUUUACAUCAAUCUGGAAACUGAUAAUAUUUAAAUUAAACAGGGAUUAGAUGAGUUAUGAAAAUUGCACAUACACCAAAAGAAAACAAACCCAACGUAAAAGGAUAUGGGGAAGAAUUUUAGAAAAAAGAUAUUUAAAUAAAGAAAUUCCAAAUACAACUACUGCAUUGUAGUGACAGACUUUUACAGCAUUGGUUUGAAACAUUAAAAUAUAUAUUAAUUUUACUUGUGACACCGAAUUAAAUUGAUUCAUUUGACUAAACAUAGUUGCCAUUUAAUCGCCCUAUAUGACGUCCUAGGAAUGCAUCAAACUGCUCACGUUUCAUUGUGUUGCUACGACAAUAUUAAUCUCCAACGUACAAAAUUCAAAUUUUCUACAGAUAUUAUUAAACGAAAGUUAGUAAAUAGAAUUAUAAAAUAUAUGUUCAUAUUCACUUUAUACGAUAUAAAGUUAAGUUGGAACAGUUUACAUUAUUUUAUAAACCAAAUAGCCUGAGGUCUUGCUCUAUAUAUCGUACUUUUAAAUAUCAUUUGAUUAAUGCUUUAUUUAUUUCUUGUAAAGAUAUGCCAUUUAUAUUUAUGUUUAUCUUAGAGAAUAAGACGUUGGGGUUCAGAUCACACAUACUAAUAUAUAUAUGGUUCUCCAUCCAUCAAUAAUUCUACUGUGAGGCUCCGACGUAGGACAACUUUCGUCCGCCACAGUAACAUUGUGCGCGACAUAGUAUAGUAUGCGACUCAAUAAAAUAGAAUAACAACACUGUAAGAUAUGUGCAGAUUGUGAACGAAGCUAGGGCAAUGAGAAAGAAUUCUUGUUGAUUACUACAUCAAAGUAAACUUGAAUACGAUAGUGAUAUGAUGGCGAGGGACAGUGAUUUAUGUCUCAGUAUGGUGAUAUCAUACACGGUAAUUAAGUAUAGGUGUGGAUGGAAAGUACUAGCCCAUUGAUUUUGAAUCGUCGAGAUUUACUUGGUAAUAUACGCAUAUAGAGCAAUGCCGGGCCCUGAUACGAGUUCCCAUUUGAGGGAACAACAACUUCGUGGAAACCAAGAUUGAUUAAUGUUUAAAAUUUGUACCAUAUAUAAAUUAAUCAAAUGUUUAAUAUUUGUGUGUGUUUGUGUGUGUUUUGUUGUGGUUGUAAUAAUUUAUGUUCUAUGUUUAUAAUACAUUAUAUGAUACAGUAUCAAAGACAAAGAAGGUCAUGAGGCACUUCGCGCACAGUCUUUUCUAAAUGUCAUGAAACACUUGAGUACCUUCGACUAGCGCCUUUGCUUCUUCAGGAGUUUGGUGAAUGUAGCUUAGUUACACAUGGAAACAGUGAUUAGAAGUAUAGUACUUUUUAUGGAAGACGGAAUAUUUAAGACGGAAGAUUGAUGCAGACGGAAGAUUGAUGUUGUGGUACCUUAUUGAAUUUCAGUCGAAUUCCUGUGUUCAUGCUCGGAUAUUUGGGGGGGGGGUGCUAUAAAAAUCAUAUUUACUUGUCUCAAAAUUUCGUAUGAUAUUCACUCUGUAUAUCGGAUAAUUUAUUGGUCAUUUGUUUUUUGGAUAUCCAUUGCUUUUGGUAGUUAUAUAUAUUUCAGUAGGAAUUAAAGACCAAAUGUCCCUCA